AUGCCUUCUAGAUAUUCCUCUUCUGGUGUCCUGUUAGCGAUGUCUGGACAACCUGAUUUUGUUUUCUGUUCUCCUAUCUCGCAGACUCUCAAACAGCGACCGCGAAACAGCGACUGCAAAACGGCAGCUUUUAAUCAGAGACUGUCAAACAACGACCGCGAAACAGCGACUGCAAAACGGCAGAUUUUAAUCAGACUGUCAAACAACGACCGCGAAACAGCGACUGCAAAACAGCAGCUUUUAAUCAGAGAUCAGACUGUCAAACAGCGACCGCGAAACAGCGACUGCAAAACGGCAGCUUUUAAUCAGACUGUCAAACAGCAACCGCGAAACAGCGACUGCAAAACGGCAGAUUUUAAUCAGACUUGUCAAACAACGACCGCGAAACAGCGACUGCAAAACGAGACUGUCAAACAGCAACCGCGAAACAGCGACCGCAAAACGGCGAAUUUUAAUCAGAGUCUCUCAAACAGCAACCGCGAAAAAAGCGACUGCAAAACGGCAGAUUUUAAUCAGAGACUGUCAAACAGCAACCGCGAAACAGCGACUGCAAAACGGCAGAUUUUAAUCGAGACUGUCAAACAACGACCGCGAACAGCGACUAGACUCUCAAACAGCGACCGCGAAACAGCGACUGCAAAACGGCAGCUUUUAAUCAGAGAGACUCUCAAACAGCAACCGCGAAACAGCGACUGCAAAACGGCAGCUUUUAAUCAGAGACUCAAACAGCGACCGCGAAAAACAGCGACUGCAAAAAAAUCAGAGACUCUCAAACAGCGACCGCGGAAAAUCAGAGAUCAGACUACUGUCAAACAGCAACCGCGAAACAGCGACUGCAAAACGGCAGAUUUUAAUCAGAAAAUCAAACAGCGACCGCAAACAGCGACUGCAAAACGGCAAAACAAUUUUAACAGAGACAUCAAACAGCAACCGCGAAACUGCAAAACGGCAGAUUUUAAUCGGAAGACUGUCAAACAACGACCGCGAAACAGCGACUGCAAAACAGUAGCUUUAAUCAGAGACUGUCAAACAGCGACCGCGAAACAGCGACUGCAAAACGGCAUUUUAAUCAGAGACUGUCAAACAGCAACCGCGAAACAGCGACCGCAAACGACAGAUUUUAAGCAGAUCAACAAUCAGAGCGACUCAAACAGCGACCGCAGAAACAGCGACGCGAAAGCGCAAAACGGCAGCUUUUUAAUCAGAGACUCUCAAACAGCAACCGCGAAACAGCGACUGCAAAACGGCAGCUUUUUAAUCAGAGACUAUCAAACAGCAACCGCGAAACAGCGACUGCAAAACGGCAGCUUUUUAAUCAGAGACUGUCAAACAGCAACCGCGAAACAGCGACUGCAAAACGGCAGCUUUAAUCAGACUGUCAAACAGCGACCGCGAAACAGCGACUGCAAAACGGCAGAUUUAAUAAUCACCGCGAAACAGCGACUGGCAAAUCAGAGACCGUCAAACAGCGACCGCGAAACAGCGACUGCAAAACGGCAGCUUUUUAAUCAGAGACUCAUCAAACAGCGACCGCGAAACAGCGACUGCAAAACGGCAGAUUUUAAUCAGAGAUCAAACUCAAACAGCGACCGCGAAACAGCGACUGCAAAACGGCAGCUUUUAAUCAGAGACUAUCAAAACAGAAACAGCGACUGCAAAACGGCAGCUUUUAACGAGCUCAAACAGCAACCGCGAAAAAGCGACUGCAAAACGGCAGAUUUAACAGACGUCAAACAACGACCGCGAAACAAGACUGUCAAACAGCAACCGCGAAACAGCGACUGCAAAACGGCAGAUUUUAAUCAGAGACUGUCAAACAGCGACCGCGAAACAGCGACUGCAAAACGGCAGAUUUUAAUCAGAGACUGUCAAACAGCGAAACAGCGACCGCAGAUUUUAAACAGCGACUGCAAAACGGCAGCUUUUAAUCAAGAAACAACGACUGCAAAACGGCAGCUUUUUAAUCAGAGAGACUCAAACAGCAACCGCGAAACAGCGACUGCAAAACGGCAGAUUUUAAUCAGAGUCAAACAACGACCGCGAAACAGCGACCGCAAAAACGGCAGAUUUUUAACUAGACUGUCAAACAACGACCGCGAAACAGCGACCGCAAAACGGCAGCUUUUUAAUCAGAGACUCUCAAACAGCAACCGCGAAACAGCGACUGCAAAACGGCAGCUUUUAAUCAGAGAUCGUCAAACAGCAACCGCGAAACAGCGACUGCAAACGGCAGCAGAUUUUAAUCAGACUGUCAAACAACGACCGCGAAACAGCGACUGCAAAACGGCAGAUUUUAAUCAGACUGUCAAACAGCGACCGCGAAACAGCGACUGCAAAACGGCAGCAUUUAAUUUCAAUCAACGACCAGACUCAAACAACCGCGAAACAGCGACUGCAAAAACGGCAGAUUUUAAUCAGAGACUGUCAAACAGCGACCGCGAAACAGCAAAACGGCUUUUUAAUCAGAGACUGUCAAACAGCAACCGCGAAACAGCGACUGCAAAACGGCAGAUUUUAAUCAGAGACUGUCAAACAGCAACCGCGAAACAGCGACCGCAAAACGGCAGCUUUUUAAUCGAGACGGUCAAACAGCAACCGCGAAACAGCGACUGCAAAACGGCAGAUUUUAAUCAGAGACUGUCAAACAGCGACCGCGAAACAGCGACUGCAAAACGGCAGAUUUUAUCAGAGACUGUCGAGACGGCGAAACAGCGACUGAAAACAGUAGCUUUAAUCAGAGACCGUCAAACAGCAACCGCGAAACAGCGACUGCAAAACGGCAAGACAGCGACCGCAAAACAGCGACUGCAAAACGGUAGCACAAUCAGAGUCUCAAACAGCAACCGCGAAACAGCGACUGCAAAACGGCAGCUUUUAAUCAGACUGUCAAACAGCAACCGCGAAACAGCGACUGCAAAACGGCAGCUUUUAAUCAGAGACUGUCAAACAGCAACCGCGCAAAACAGCGACUGCAAAACAGCGCAGAUUUUAAUCGAGACUGUCAAACAGCGACCGCGAAACAGCGACUGCAAAACGGCAGAUUUUAAUCAGAGACUGUCAAACAGCGACCGCGAAACAGCGACUGCAAAACGGCAGCUUUUUAAUCAGAGACUCUCAAACAGCGACCGCGAAACAGCGAUCUCAAACAACCGCGAAACAGCGAGACUCCAAAAAACGGCAGCUUUUAAUCAGAGACUCUCAAGCAGCGACCGCGAAACAGCGACUGCAAAACGGCAGAUUUUAAUCAGACUGUCAAACAGCGACCGCGAAGCAGCGACUGCAAAACGGCAGAUUUUAAUCAGAGACUCUUUUAAUCAGAGACUCUCAAACAGCGACCGCGAAACAGCGACUGAAAACGGCAGCUUUAAUCAGAGACUAUCAAACAACGACCGCGAAACAGCGACCGCAAAACGGCAGAUUUUAAUCAGAGACUCUCAAACAGCGACAAAACGGCAGAUUUUAAUCAGAGACUCACAAACAGCGACCGCGAAAAACUGCAAAACGGCAGCUUUUAAUCAGAGACUCUCAAACAGCAACCGCGAAACAGCGACUGCAAAACGGCAGCUUUUUAAUCAGACUGUCAAACAACGACCGCGAAACAGCGACUGCAAAACGGCAGCUUUUAAUCAGAGACUGUCAAACAGCAACCGCGAAACAGCGACUGCAAAACGGCAGAUUUUAAUCAGAGACUCUCAAACAGCGACCAUGAAAACAGCGACUGCAAAACGGCAGCUUUUAAUCAGAGUCUCAAACAGCAACCGCAAAAAGCGACUGCAAAACGGCAGAUUUAAUCAGAGACUGUCAAACAGCAACCGCGAAACAGCGACUGCAAAACGGCAGAUUUUAAUCAGAGACUGUCAAACAUCGACCGCGAAACAGCGACUGCAAACGGCAUUUUUUAAUCAGAGAUCGUCAAACAGCGACCGCGAAACAGCGACUGCAAAACGGCAGCUUUUAAUCAGAGACUCUCAAACAGCGACCGCGAAACAGCGACCGCAAACGGCAGAUUUAAUCAGAGACUACUGUCAAACAGCGACCGCGAAACACAGCGACUGCAAAACGGCAGCUUUAAUCAGAGACUGUCAAACAGCGACCGCGAAACAGCGACUGCAAAACGGCAGCUUUUUAAUCAGAGACUCUCAAACAGCGACGGCGAAACAGCGACCGCGAAAAACGGCAGCUUUUAAUCAGAGACUCUCAAACAGCGACCGCGAAACAGCGACUGCAAAACGGCAGCUUUUAAUCAGAGACUAUCAAACAGCAACCGCGAAACAGCGACUGCAAAACGGCAGAUUUUAA